AUGAGUGUACCUACUUCAGAGGCACCAACGCAUACAGGGGACAACAAUGAUCCAUUAGAUAUCCCUACAGUUGUUCUCCCAAUAAAUUUUUUAAAAUGUUCAAGAUCAGAUUUGAUUGUUUUGAUUUCACGUAUGUUGGUCUUUUUGAUACAAAUAAACGAUAACAAUGCAAAAACAGAAGAGGAUAAAAAUGGUCCUACAGAAGCGAAAUUAACUAGAUUCCAUUCAAGUACUCCUCCAAAUAUUUCGAUAUAUAAUUACUUAAUACGGCUGACCAAGUAUUCAGCAUUAGAGUCUGCUGUCCUAUUAUCUUCCGUGUACUAUAUUGACCUUCUUUCGAGUAUAUACCCUUCAUUCACUUUAAACUCAUUAACUGCACACCGAUAUUUGUUAACAGCAACCUCUGUUGCCAGUAAAGGCCUUUGUGAUUCUUUCUGUACAAAUGCCCAUUAUGCAAAAGUUGGAGGUGUCCAAUGCAGUGAGCUGAAUAUACUAGAAGAAGAAUUCCUUAGAAAGGUUAAUUACAGAGUGAUUCCUCGUGAUAAUAAUAUAUCAUUAUGCGAAUUUGAAUAUCAACAGAAUGAGUUCAGUAUAACAAAUCUUAACAUUUUACCGAAAGAUCUUCAAUUAUCGGUUAUGCAGAAAAACAGUGGAUAUAAUGUAUUGGAGAUGUAUUAUAGGAAAAUGAUCCAAUUGAUAGGAUCAUUUUCAUCAUCCCCUGAUAAAAACCGGAGAGUAGAUUAUAAACUUGAAGAGAGAGUACCAAAUGUCUCAAAUAUACGGGAUGAUAUACCGAACCAUCCUAUUCGAGAUAUAUCCAUCAGACCGCCUAACAAGAGAAGUUACGAUAUUUCAGCUGAAAAUAAUAACGAUACAUUUUCUAAUCGAUCUAGUCAAAAAAAUAAAACUUCAUUAAUUAAUCAUAACAAAAAACUUGCAACAGAAGAAAUUAAAAUGCAAACUACUGAACGUACCAAAUAA